GAAGCGGAGGCAGAAGCAAAGAGGAUUCUGGAAAGGUCUCUGUGUUUUCUUUUCCACUGAGAAUGCAGAAAUUGUAAUUAAUUUGCAAACCUUUGUGGGCAGAAAUCUGGAUAAUUUUAGGAGGAGGCAUAUUAUAUCAUCAUAUCAUUUUUGGAUGCUGGGCUUUGCUGUGAUUUGUUGUUCUCUUUUCCUCAGACUCUCUAAUCUACUCUGCCUGAAUGCCUCCAAGAAAUCAACUUGAUCUUCUGAUAGAGUUUGAAAAGGUAGUGAAUUCAGACCUUGGAAUGGAUGGUUUGUAGGUACAGAGCACCAUAUAGAAGUUUUGAAAUUGAAUAUUUAUAUCUAUUUGUGAGAAUUUUUAACCCUGCAAGAGUCAAGUAUCACAAUUUUUGCCUUACCAGUACUGAAUUUGACUAUGUCAGAUUUCAUCCAAUAUGCCACUUUGAGGAUAUCAGCUGGACUCAUCCCAGGGAUAAACAUUGGAUACAAAGUGGGACAGUCUUGAAGAAGCUUCAGCUUCAGAGGAGGAGAAUUUCUGCUCCAGGACAUUCUUAUGCAAGAGGCUAAACGUAAUUAAAUUUGCAGGAUGAAAAGAUGGCACAGGCAUUGCUGGUACCACCAGGACCUGACAGCUUCUGCUAUUUUACUAGAGAAUCUCUCGCAGCUAUUGAAAAGCGUGCCGCAGAAGAAAAAGCUAAAAAACCCAAACAAGAUCAUACAGACAAUGAUGAUGAAGAUGGCCCAAAGCCAAAUAGUGACUUGGAGGCAGGAAAGACACUGCCAUUUAUUUAUGGGGACAUACCUCCGGGAAUGGUGUCUGAGCCCUUGGAGGACCUGGACCCAUAUUAUAUCAAUAAAAAAACUUUCAUAGUACUGAAUAAAGGAAAGACAAUUUUCCGAUUCAGUGCCACAUCUGCCUUGUACAUUUUAACUCCUGUCAACCCCGUUAGAAAAAUUGCUAUUAAGAUUUUGGUACAUUCAUUGUUCAGCAUGCUUAUUAUGUGCACUAUUUUGACCAACUGUGUAUUUAUGACCCUGAGUAACCCUCCGGAGUGGACAAAGAAUGUAGAGUACACAUUCACUGGAAUUUAUACCUUUGAAUCGCUUAUAAAAAUUCUUGCAAGGGGCUUCUGUUUAGAAGGUUUUACUUUCCUUCGUGACCCAUGGAAUUGGCUUGACUUCAGUGUCAUUUUGAUGGCGUAUGUAACAGAAUUUGUAAACCUAGGCAAUGUUUCAGCUCUUCGAACUUUCAGAGUAUUGAGAGCUUUGAAAACUAUUUCUGUAAUCCCAGGCUUGAAGACUAUUGUAGGAGCCCUAAUUCAGUCUGUGAAGAAGCUCUCAGAUGUAAUGAUCCUGACUGUGUUUUGUCUGAGCGUAUUUGCACUAAUAGGGCUGCAGCUGUUCAUGGGCAACUUGAGGCAUAAAUGCUUGCAGUGGCCUCCAGACAAUUCCACUUUUGAAGUAAACAUUACUUCCUACUUGAAUAGCACAAUGGACGUAAAUGGUACCUUUGUUAAUACAACUGUGAGCACGUUUAACUGGAAGGAGUACAUUGAGGAUGAAACUCAUUUUUACAUUUUGGAAGGACAAAGAGAUGCCCUACUUUGUGGUAAUAGCUCUGAUGCAGGUCAAUGUCCAGAAGGAUAUAUAUGUGUGAAAGCUGGUAGAAAUCCCAACUAUGGCUACACGAGCUUUGACACAUUCAGCUGGGCAUUCUUGUCACUCUUUCGGCUGAUGACUCAGGACUUCUGGGAAAAUCUUUAUCAAUUGACGCUACGAGCUGCUGGAAAAACAUACAUGAUAUUUUUUGUUCUGGUGAUUUUUUUGGGCUCUUUCUAUCUGGUGAAUUUGAUCCUGGCUGUGGUUGCCAUGGCCUAUGAAGAACAAAAUCAAGCAACACUGGAAGAAGCAGAGCAGAAAGAGGCAGAAUUUCAGCAGAUGCUUGAACAGCUAAAAAAACAACAAGAAGAAGCUCAGGCAACAGUGGCAGUAGCAGCAGCGUCUGUUGCGUCAAAAGAUUUGAGUGGAGUAGGGGGACUAGGGGAGCUCUUGGAAAGUUCCUCAGAAGCAUCGAAGUUGAGCUCAAAGAGUGCUAAAGAAAGGAGAAACAGAAGGAAGAAAAGAAGACAGAAGGAACUGUUUGAAGCAGAGGACAAGGGAGAUGUUGAACAGUUCCCCAAAUCUGAAUCAGAGGACAGUAUCAGAAGGAAAAGUUUCCGAUUCUCGAUGGAAGCAAAUCGACUGACAUAUGAAAAGAGGUUCACUUCCCCCCACCAGUCUUUGCUGAGUAUUCGUGGCUCCCUGUUUUCCCCAAGGCGCAACAGCAGAACGAGCAUUUUCAGCUUCAGAGGUCGAGCAAAAGAUAUAGGAUCAGAAAAUGACUUCGCUGAUGAUGAGCACAGCACUCUUGAAGACAGCGAGAGCAGAAGAGAGUCUUUCUUUGGUCCAAACAGACAUGGUGAAAGACGCAAUAGUAACAUUAGUGAAGCCAGUACGUCAUCCAGGAUGGUACCAGCGCUUCCACCAAAUGGGAAGAUGCACAGCACUGUAGAUUGCAAUGGGGUGGUUUCUUUGGUUGGAGGACCUUCAGCUCUCACUUCGCCUACUGGACAACUUCUCCCAGAGCUUCAUUUGCAGGGCACCACUACAGAAACAGAAAUAAGAAAAAGAAGAUUGAGUUCUUAUCAAAUUUCCAUGGAAAUGUUGGAAGAUUCUGCUGCAAGACAAAGAGCAAUGAGUAUAGCCAGCAUACUCACAAACACAAUGGAAGAACUUGAAGAAUCCAGACAAAAAUGUCCACCAUGCUGGUACAGAUUUGCAAACACUUUCUUGAUCUGGGACUGUUGGAGCCCAUGGUUAAAAGUAAAACAUAUAGUCAAUUUGGUUGUGAUGGAUCCAUUUGUUGAUCUUGCUAUUACUAUCUGCAUUGUUCUAAACACGUUGUUUAUGGCCAUGGAACACUACCCAAUGACAGUACAGUUCAGCAGUGUGCUUAGUGUGGGAAACCUGGUAUUUACGGGGAUCUUCACAGCAGAAAUGGUUUUAAAGAUAAUUGCCAUGGAUCCUUAUUAUUAUUUCCAAGAAGGCUGGAAUAUUUUUGAUGGUAUUAUUGUCAGCCUUAGUUUAAUGGAACUUGGCCUUGCAAAUGUUGAAGGAUUAUCAGUUCUCCGAUCAUUCAGAUUGCUCCGAGUUUUCAAGUUGGCAAAAUCUUGGCCAACGCUGAAUAUGCUGAUAAAGAUUAUUGGUAACUCAGUGGGGGCUUUGGGAAAUUUGACGUUGGUGCUGGCCAUCAUUGUCUUCAUUUUCGCUGUGGUUGGUAUGCAGCUGUUUGGUAAAAGUUACAAAGACUGUGUCUGCAAGAUUGCUACAGACUGCGUACUUCCACGCUGGCACAUGCAUGACUUUUUCCACUCUUUCUUGAUUGUAUUCCGAGUGUUGUGUGGAGAAUGGAUAGAGACUAUGUGGGAUUGUAUGGAGGUUGCAGGCCAAGCCAUGUGCCUUAUUGUUUUCAUGCUCGUCAUGGUCAUUGGAAACCUUGUGGUAUUGAACCUGUUUCUGGCCUUGCUGCUGAGCUCAUUUAGUUCAGAUAACCUUGCUGCUACAGAUGAUGAUAAUGAAAUGAACAAUCUCCAGAUUGCCGUUGCAAGGAUUCAGAAGGGAAUAGAUUAUGUGAAAAAAAAAUUACGGGAAUUCGUCCAAAAAGCCUUUGUUAGAAAGCAAAAAGCACUAGAGGAAAUCAAAGCACUUGAAGAUCUAAACAACAAGAAAGACAGCUGCAUUUCCAAUCAUACUGUUGUUGAAAUAAGCAAAGAUGUUAAUUGUCUUAGAGAUGGGAAUGGAACUACCAGUGGUGUAGGAACAGGCAGCAGUGUGGAAAAAUAUGCAAUUGAUGAAAAUGAUUAUAUGUCAUUCAUAAACAAUCCCGGCCUUACUGUGACAGUACCUAUUGCUAUUGGAGAAUCAGAUUUUGAAAAUUUAAACACAGAAGAGUUUAGCAGUGAGUCGGAUAUGGAAGAAAGCAAAGAGAAGCUAAAUGCAUCCAGCUCAUCUGAAGGCAGCACAGUUGAUAUUGCCCCUCCUGGAGAGGGCGAACAAGCUGAGAUUGAACCUGAAGAAGCUCUUGAACCAAUAGCCUGUUUUACAGAAGGUUGUGUGCAGAAGUUCACAUGUUGUCAAGUAAGUAUAGAAGAUGGCAAAGGCAAAAUCUGGUGGAAUCUUAGGAAAACCUGCUACAGCAUAGUUGAACACAACUGGUUUGAGACAUUCAUUGUCUUCAUGAUUCUUCUGAGCAGUGGUGCUCUGGCUUUUGAAGACAUAUAUAUAGAGCAGCGCAAGACUAUCAAGACUAUGCUGGAAUAUGCUGACAAGGUUUUCACUUACAUCUUCAUUCUGGAAAUGCUUCUGAAAUGGGUGGCCUAUGGUUUUCAAAUGUAUUUCACUAAUGCCUGGUGCUGGCUGGACUUCUUGAUUGUUGAUGUGUCGUUGGUUAGUCUAAUAGCCAAUGCGUUGGGCUAUUCCGAACUUGGUGCCAUUAAAUCGCUUAGGACACUAAGAGCUUUGAGACCUCUAAGAGCCUUGUCACGAUUUGAAGGGAUGAGGGUGGUUGUUAAUGCCCUGAUAGGAGCAAUUCCAUCCAUCAUGAAUGUGCUACUGGUUUGUCUGAUAUUCUGGCUAAUCUUCAGCAUCAUGGGAGUAAAUCUGUUUGCUGGCAAGUUCUACCACUGUGUUAACACAACAACUAGUGAGAUGUUUGAUAUCAGCGAUGUUGACAAUUAUACUCAGUGCGAGGACCUCAUAAACAAGAAUGAAAGUGCCCGAUGGAAAAAUGUGAAAGUAAACUUCGAUAAUGUAGGUGCUGGGUAUCUUGCGCUGCUUCAAGUAGCUACAUUUAAAGGAUGGAUGGAUAUUAUGUAUGCAGCUGUUGAUUCACGAAAUCUAUUAGAUCAGCCUAAGUAUGAGGACAACCUGUACAUGUAUCUUUACUUUGUCAUCUUUAUCAUCUUUGGAUCAUUCUUCACCUUGAACCUUUUCAUUGGUGUCAUCAUAGACAACUUCAAUCAACAAAAAAAGAAGUUUGGAGGUCAAGACAUAUUUAUGACAGAAGAACAGAAGAAAUAUUACAAUGCAAUGAAAAAACUGGGGUCCAAGAAACCACAAAAACCUAUACCUAGGCCAGCGAACAAAUUCCAAGGCAUGGUCUUUGAUUUUGUAACAAAACAAGUAUUUGACAUCAGCAUCAUGAUUCUUAUCUGCCUUAACAUGGUCACCAUGAUGAUAGAAACAGAUGACCAGAGUGAUGAGAUGGAAACUAUUUUACACAGGAUAAACCUGGUAUUCAUUGUCCUUUUCACUGGAGAAUGUGUCCUGAAAUUGAUUUCACUCCGUUAUUACUACUUCACCAUAGGCUGGAACAUUUUUGAUUUUGUGGUUGUCAUUCUCUCCAUUGUGGGUAUGUUUCUAGCUAAGGUGAUUGAAAAAUAUUUUGUGUCCCCCACCUUGUUCAGAGUUAUUCGACUCGCCAGAAUUGGCCGAAUCCUACGUCUCAUUAAGGGUGCUAAAGGGAUUCGUACUCUGCUUUUUGCUUUGAUGAUGUCUCUUCCUGCUUUGUUUAACAUUGGUCUCCUGCUUUUCCUGGUCAUGUUUAUCUAUGCUAUAUUUGGAAUGUCCAACUUUGCCUAUGUUAAGAGGGAAGUUGGGAUUGAUGACAUGUUCAACUUUGAAACUUUUGGCAACAGUAUGAUCUGCCUAUUUCAAAUUACCACGUCAGCUGGUUGGGAUGGUUUGUUAGCGCCAAUUCUUAACAGUGGAGAACCAGACUGUGACCCUUAUAAAGAUCACCCCGGAAGCUCGGUUAAAGGAGACUGUGGUAACCCUUCAGUUGGGAUUUUCUUUUUUGUCAGUUAUAUUAUCAUCUCAUUUCUAGUUGUAGUAAACAUGUAUAUUGCUGUUAUUUUGGAGAACUUCAGUGUUGCUACAGAAGAAAGUGCCGAGCCCUUGAGUGAGGAUGACUUUGAGAUGUUCUAUGAGGUUUGGGAAAAGUUUGAUCCAGAUGCAACCCAGUUCAUAGAAUACAGUAAACUGUCUGAUUUUGCAGCUUCACUGGAUCCUCCUCUUCUUAUAGCAAAACCAAACAAAGUUCAGCUUAUCGCAAUGGAUCUUCCCAUGGUAAGUGGUGACAGAAUUCACUGCCUUGACAUCUUGUUUGCUUUUACAAAGCGUGUUUUGGGGGAAAGUGAUGAGAUGGAUGCACUUCGAAUACAGAUGGAAGACCGGUUUAUGGCAGCCAAUCCUUCUAAAGUCUCCUAUGAGCCAAUUACAACUACAUUAAAAAGAAAACAAGAGGAAGUAUCUGCUACUGUUAUUCAGCGUGCUUACAGAUGUUACAUUUUAAAGCAAAAAGUUAAAAAAGUCUCCUGUAUGUAUAACAAAGAUAAAACCCAAGGGGAUGGCCUACCUGUCAAAGAUAUGAUUAUUGAUAAACUCAAUGAAAACUCCACUCCAGAAAAAACAUAUGAUAGCUCCUCUACAACCUCCCCACCUUCCUAUGAUAGUGUUACAAAGCCAGACAAAGAGAAAUAUGAAAAAGAUAAAGUAGAAAAAGACGAUAAAGGUAAAAAUGUUAGGGAAAGUAAAAAAUAAAAAACUAAGAAUUCUGUUUGUGUGACAAAUUGUUUACAGCCUUUGAAAGAUGUAUUUGUGUCAACAGGACUCCUGAAGGACGUUUAUGCCAAACUGACAGCUUUUACAUAUAUAUAUAUAUAUAUAUAUAUGUAUAUACAUAUCAUACAUAUAUAUAUACAUUCACAGUCAGUGCCUAUAACAAGACAGUGAUCUCUUGUCAUCAGCCUGUGACUCUGUAAAACAGGGUAACAACCUUGACAAGAGGUUACUGUUUUCAUUACAGCUGACACUGCUGAAGAGGAGACAUACAGUAGCUACAGUCUGUAGGGACCAUGAAAGGCAUGCAAAGCUAUAAUUUUUGUGGGUUUUAACAUACUGCAAAAUAUCUAGUACAGUAACUGUAUCCACUGUUUGUAAUUCAACUGCCACAUUUGCCAUAUUUUUACAAAAUUGGUUUUGGUGAAUUUAUUGUUUUUUUAAUUCACAGGUUGUUUACUAUUAUACGUGACUAUUUUUGUAAAUGGGUUUUAUGUUGGGGAAGAGGGUUCGAGGACCAGGUGUUCUGCUCUCUAAUUCUCUAUAACGUACAGACAGCAGUGAUAUGCAUGAAGGCAUGCUGCACUUAUAGAUCACGCAUGGAAAAAAAUGACAUCAGACAAAGUAACAGAGUUUUAAUUACUUCCACAUUUCAGGGUGGCUCUAAAAUUUGAGGUGUUUUAACUAUUUGUGUUGUUGCAUCCAGACAAAUCUUUAUGUGCCUGCAAAGUCUCCUGUAAUUUACAAGAAUUUAGAAAUGGAUUAUUUUUAUGCAAGUUGUUAAAUAUCAAGAUGUGCAAACUUCAUCCCAAGUUCCAGUCACAUAGUCUUUGUUUUUGUUAAAUGUUCCACAGGAAAAAAAUAUUGUAUGGAAUCUUCCCUUGAAAAGUGACUUCAUCAAAACAAGUCACUUGUUUAGAAAUUCUACUUUAUCUUGAGGUAUUGUUUUGAAUGUUCUUCUCUCAGACUGACAUCUAAUAGGUCAAAAAAAUGCCCUCUUAUGUAAAUACUUAUUUUACACUGUUGUGCAUAUUUGAACAUACAAAUAAGUGGUCAUACCACAGUACUUUGCAUCAAAUAAGUGCCACAGUAUAUUUAGUUUGCAAGCUUUCAACAGGUAAUCUCUUGUAUUCUGUACCAUUAUAGAUUGUUUGGAGGGUAUCACUGCUGCAUGUUAAUAUUGCCUUUGCUGCUGUAUUUCGCUCUGUCUACUGUUCAGAGUUCUUCACUGUAGGAAGCCAUAUGUCAGUGGUAAAGUGAAUUAAAUUGUUCAGCCAGACCUCAUUCCUUCAUAUCAUUAAACAAUAGUUUGCAGUUAUUUACCAGCUUCUUUAGUUUUGCAUUUUAAAUGGUUACUAUUUGGUGUAAAGCCAGACUGUAUAGGACCUACUACAAACUGUUUAACCUGUUGAAAAUGCGGUUAGCAUAUAUAAAUAAUGUAAAAAUAAAUCAUAUUACUUGGCAGCAUUUUUGUACAUAAGAAAACUCUCAUCAGCUUCAUGUAAUUGUUUCUUAAGUUAUUUUCCACAGUCACUUGUUUAUUUUCUAUCCAUGGUAAUUUUCAAUGGAAAACUUCACAAUGAAAGAAAUAAAGAAAAUAGUGAGUAUUUGUAGGCUACUUUGUUUUAAUAUUGCAAACAUUUCAAUGUGAAAUAUUUUGUGUAAAACUGGAAACCAAGUUUAUUUGGUUCCAAAUAGUUAUAACUAGUAAGUGGAAGUGACGGGGGGAUGUUUGAAUUUCUAGCACUGGUUGCAUCAGAAGUUUUGAGAUAGUCUUAUUGUUCAUGGAAUCCUUGCUAUUUUUCCAGUGUUUGUUUACAUAGAUCAGGGGUUAGCAACCUGAGGCACGCGAGCUGAUUUUUAGAGGCACUCUGCUGCCAGCCAGCGUGCUGGCCACCAGCCCUGCUCGGCCUGAUGCCUGCCUGGAUGAACAGAAACCUUGGCAGCAGCAGGCUGAGCGGAGCUGGUGACCGGGACCCUGGCUGGCAGGAGCCGGUGGCCAGAACCCCAAACCAGCAGCAGGUUGAACUGCUUAGCCCCCUGCCAGUCUGGGGUUCCGUCCACCGGCUCCAGUCAGCCCGCUGAUGGUCUGAGUUUCUGGCCACCAGUCUUCUGCCAGCCGGGGUCCUGGCCACCAGCCCCACUCAGCCCACAGCCGGUCUGGGGUUCCGGCCACCGGUCCUGUGCCAGCCGGGACCGUAGCCACUGGCCCCGCUCGGCCCGCUGCCGCCCUGGAAUAUCAGACGCCGGCCUCGCUCACCUCGCUC